GCCAGAUCAGCUCGGCGGCCGUCACCCUAGGAUGCACAGCUGGAUAUCCCCGUGUUGGAUUGUUUCGAAAGUUGGUCUCGAGCGAGUGCACCUUCUUUGAUCGAUCUGGCGGCCUUCUCCCGUCACCCGCGACCGUGCUGUUUAGCUUUCGCUUCGCCCGUCUUGAACCAGAACGGCCGACGCAAGAGAUGAGUGGCGCGAAGGAGCAGACUUGAAAACCCCGGGGCACUCCCGAUCAUUGAGUGGCUGUUUGCUUUUUUCCUCUUGUUCACCGAUUGUGACUUUUGCGAUCCAUGCCAUUCCGCACCUCGAACGACCCCGCUGCAGUGCAUCAUGGACGCAGGUACACAAGAAUGGCCGGACCAACGCUUGAAGAUCCUCAUCCCGGUUUGGACCUUAACGCUGAUUAGCACUGCUUUCUUGGUAUGGAGAGUCGUGUACGGACUGCGAUCACGCAAGUUCAUUGCCUGUGAUUACUUGUUGAUCAUAGCCACUGCUCUCAAUAUCGCAGCGACAUCACUGAACCAGGUCGUCGUCAAUAACGGCCUCGGGCGCCACAUCAUGGACCCGACGGUCUUUCCGAAUCUCAGAACAUACAGCUAUCAUCUUUGGAUCACACAAAUCGUCAACAUCAUUGCCGUUGCCUUUUUAAAAUGGUCCAUUUGCGCAUGGCUGCUCGUUCUGAACUUCUCCAGACUGUAUCAAGUUAUUGUUUGGCUCUCGAUCUUGAUGGUCACCGCCUUUAACUUCCUUGCACCAGUCUUGACGCUAUUCGGAUGCACACCCCUGGAACGAAACUGGAACUUUGGGUUUACCGGGGAGAGCCAUUGCUGGGCAAAGGGCACACUUGCACUAUCCUAUACCCAAGGUAUCAGCAACAUCAUCACCGACGUGGUGUACAUGGCUGCGCCUCUGAUCUAUCUUUCGCGCGUCCAGUUGAAUAGUCGAACUCAAUUGGGUAUUCGGAUCGUCUUCCUGCUGAGUAUCCCUGCCACGAUAUGCUCAAUCUUCAAAACCAUCGAGCUCAAAGCCAUCACCAAGACGCAAGACCCAACGUGGGACGGUGUAAACCUCACCAUCUGGUCCAGCUCCGAACUCUCCAUCGGCAUCCUCAUCGCGUCACUCCCUCCGCUCCGCAAAGCAUUCGAUCACCUUUUCAAGAAGUUCCUUCCCUCGACAUUGACAGGCUCAGGGAAAACACCGCACUACGGUUAUGGGAACUCUAGCGCCGCACAAGGAAAUAGCAUUCAUAUGAAGAACUUCCAAGGCAGUAAAGCCUACCACUCCAGGCUACCCGGCGAAAGCAUCCUUGACGGCGAUGACGAGAGCGAUCGUGCCAUUCUUGACGACGAUCAAAAAGGCUCUGGUAUCAUGAAGAGCACUGACGUACAAGUCACUGUCACCAAUGAUGUCGGAGAGGUAGGAAGUAGUUCCAACUCCAAGAGCGGCGGGAGCCCCAAGAUGUAUAACCCUGAAAUUGACUGGGCAAGUCCACACUUAGAGAAUGGGGAAGGACCGCGACGGUCUCGGUAAUGGGAAUAUCUUUAACGGCCGAAAAUCAGGAUUUCGUUUGCAUCUUUAGUCUAGGCCAGUGUGGAGGAGGCUGAGCCGCUCGAUAGUUGGAUACCCAAGUGCUUUUUAUUCACAUGAAAUGACUGUAAUAUGUGAGCAAUUAGCUCAUGAUGCCGCGAAGAAAUGUAUCUGUUUUAACACCAAGUGUCUUUACCAUAUGUUGUCGCUUUUGGUGUGAUAUAGUCUCACAAUGAGAUAGUGUCAAAAUUAGAGGGUGCUUUGCAAAUGGACUUGAGAAUCAUAUGCUAUUCGUAC